UUCUCCUCUUGUGUCGAACAAGCUUGCUCCCCGCCGGCACCAUGUCUCUCUGCAAGCAGGGCUGCGACUACCGCCCCUACCCACCGUGCUACGUGAGGUGCCCCCCGCCCUGCGCCGAAGCCUGGAACCAGCCCUGCGUCACCUCCUGCGGGGACUCCCGCGCCGUGGUCUACCCGCCGCCCGUGGCCAUCACCUUCCCGGGCCCCAUCCUCAGCUCCUGCCCCCAGGAGAGCUACGUGGGCACCUCGGAACCCCUGUGGCUGGGUGGCCUCUUUGGCCAGGGCAACUACCUGGGUGCUGGCAGCUCCUCUGGGUCCAGCGGCUCCCUGGGCAGCAGCUACUCCUACCCUUGCUACUCCCGCAGGUCCACGAGCUACCGCUGCGGGCCCUGCUAAGCCCCGCACGACCACCGUGGCGAGCAGGACCCAGCGGGCACCAGAGCAAAAUCCUCAGCAGUGACUGAGCAGAAGAGCAUGGCUUUCGGAGGUGCAGUGCACUGGGCUCCCGCCGGAGCCCUGAAGAGCUGGGAGCACUUGGCCAUCCUGAGAAAAUGUAUUUCCCACUUGUAUUAGUCUUCUGCUCAUAAUGUUCUGGUUCUGUGCUUAAUCCCAUUUUACACUGAUGUGGUGCAAGUGUAACCAAAUUCCUCUGUAUUGUUUUCCGCAGUAUCACUGCGGUCUGGUUCAAACCCACUCGUCACUCCCAAUAAAAUCCUUCCUGCAUUACAA